AUGUCCUCUGCUCUUCGCAUCGUGACGGAAGAUGGCAGCAAAGUACGAGAAAAUGCGUUCAACUUCACAGGCAAUGUGUUUCGGACGAUCGACUCACAUUCGCUGGCAUCGAGUGGAUCAAUAUUACACGUGAAGAGUGGAAAGUUGGGUUUUCCGACCAUGCGUGAAAAGCGCACAUACACAUGUAUGAAAUAUGAGGGCAAGGAAGGAGGAGGUACCGCGUUGACCUUCACGCACGUGCAUCGGUUGAUCUCAACCCCGCCCGGAUUUCGGGUAAGAAAGGACACUCUUGGCAGAAUGUUAGGAAUGAAAGCGUGGAUAUCUAAUUGUCGAGUAACUUGA